AGGCAGGCAGGCAGGCUGGUUGGUUGGUUGGUUGGUUGGUUGGUUGGUUGGAACUGGCCGACUGACACAGUCGCUCAUCGAGCUCUGAGCCGGACUCUCUGCUUCCCCUGCAGCGCCGGGCAUCCAGUCACACGGAGCGGGGAGCCUCCUCUGAUGGUUCACCACCAACCUGAACGGAUUUAGGGGCUGAAUCCGGAGCAAACGUCGCCGCCACUGCACCGCUGUGACCGCGGAGGAGACGCAGCAGCCGGGCCGCCCUCAGCAGCUUGCUUCGCGGCGACCGUUAGCUGCUAGGCGGCUACCCUGAGCAGCUGGGAUUUAGUCUUAUUUUGGGAACCAUGAUGGUGAAAAUUGAGGACGACACUCCCGAACUUCCCUGGUUGUGAUGAAAAGUCGCCACUGACUCGAGAGUUUAUCCUGGAUCCCGUGACGUGGUCGAUCCAAGAUGGAGAAAAAGAAAACGUGCCCUCGCCUCCUCGACUACUUGGUGGUGGUCGGAGCUCGGCAACCCAGCAGUGACAGCGUGGCUCAGACCCCUCAGCUCCUCCGUCGCUACCCUCUGGAGGACCACCACGACUUCCCGCUGCCUCCGGACGUGGUCUUCUUCUGCCAGCCGGAGGGCUGCCUGAGCAUCCGCCAGCGCCGCGUCAGCCUCCGUGACGACUCGUCCUUCGUGUUCACGCUCACCGACAAGGACUCAGGAAUCACCCGCUACGGGAUCUGCGUCAACUUCUACCGGUCCUUCCAGCGAGGACACCACCGCAGCCGAGGGGACAAGAGCAGAGACGCGGAGUCGGCAGCACCGCCGGUGGAGACGGCGACCGAGGCUUCGGAAGACGGCGGUCCGACCUCAACGUUAGCUCCUCCCAACAACGCAGAGUCAGCUCCUCCACCGUCCUCCGGAGAGGAAGGAGAAAAACCAGCUGCUGAACAGAAUGCCGGAAAAUCUCCACAGCACAGACGGAGCACCGCCAAGAUGGCAGCCCGGAACCGCAACAGCACCCUGACGUCGCUGUGCAUCCUCAGCCACUACCCCUUCUUCUCCACCUUCAGGGAAUGCCUGUAUAUUCUCAAGAGGCUGGUGGACUGCUGCAGUCAGAGGCUCACCCAGCGGGCAGGACUCCCUCGGGCCACCCAGAGGGACACCAUGUGGCGGGUGUUUACCGGUGCUACGUCCGUGGAGGAGAAAGGCAGCCAGCUGCUGGCCGACCUGCGGGAGAUUGAAUCCUGGGUUUACCGGCUGCUCCGGUCUCCGGUACCGCUGGCGGGUCAGAGACGUGUGGAUGUGGAGGUUCUACCCCACGAACUGAAGCGAGCCCUGACCUUCGCCCUGCCUGACAACUCCCGCUUUGCCAUGGUCGACUUCCCCCUGCACCUGCCCUUAGAGCUGCUGGGCGUGGACGCCUGUCUGCAGGUCCUCAGCUGUGUCCUGCUGGAGCACAAGGUCAUUCUUCAGUCCAGAGAUUACAACGCUUUGUCUAUGAGCGUCAUGGCCUUCGUGGCGAUGAUCUACCCGCUGGAGUACAUGUUCCCCGUCAUCCCCCUACUGCCCACAUGUAUGGCCUCCGCUGAACAGCUCCUCCUCGCCCCCACUCCCUACAUUAUCGGUGUACCAGCGAGUUUCUUCCUCUAUAAAUCUGAUUUCAAAAUGCCAGACGACCUUUGGCUCGUUGACCUUGACAGCAGCAAGGUUAUAGCACCUACCAAUGCAGAGAUUCUCCCUCCUCUUCCAGAGCCUGAAGCAGGCGAGCUAAAGAAACAUCUAAAGCAGGCCUUGGCCAGUAUGAGCCUGAACACCCAGCCCAUCCUGAACCUGGAGAAGUUCCAGGAGGGUCAGGAGAUGCCGCUGCUUCCGCCCGGACGAGAUAAAGCCUCGCCGUCCUCCACCGAGUUCAACCCCCUUAUUUACGGCAACGACGUCGACUCUGUGGAUGUGGCCACCAGGGUUGCCAUGGUACGGUUCUUCAACUCCCCAAACGUUCUCCAAGGUUUCCAGAUGCACACUCGCACAUUGCGUCUCUUUCCCCGGCCAGUCGUCGCUUUCCAGUCCACAUCUUUUCUUGCGUCUCGGCCGCGACGCUCCAGCUUUGCAGACAAACUGUCUCACACCCAGGCAGUGGAGUUCUAUGGAGAGUGGGCUCUGAAUCCCACCAACCUCGCCUUUCAGAGGAUACACAACAAUGUGUUUGACCCCUCUUUAAUCGGAGAUAAGCCCAAGUGGUAUGCACACCAGUUACAGCCAGUCCUCUACAGAGUUUAUGAUGGAAGCUCUCAACUGGUUGAAGCUAUGGCUGGACCUUUGGAGGAUGAAGGCAAUGAGUCCGACCCCACAGACAGCGGUAGUGACAGUGAGGCGUACGACGACUCCAGCUCGUCCUAUUCCUCACUUGGAGACCUUGUUAGUGAGAUGAUUCAAGGCGACAUCCAGGGAGACACACCAAGCUUAGACCCGCCCACCCACGCUGCUCUGGGAGACGCCAGCGAGGUUGAGUUUCAAGACUUCCAGGACUUCAGGGAAGGUCACGGUGCUGAGGGUCCGCCCAGCGGGGAUGGACCGGCCGAUCCCUCAGAUGGACAACCUCUUCGCUCGAGCUCCAGCACAACCGCAAGCUCGAGUCCUAGCACAAUCAUCCAGGGAGUCAACCAUGAGCAGGGCGAAGUGCCUGAAAUCGAAGCCUCAGCGAGCGUCGCCUUACAGAACCCCGUCCCCGGACUGGGCAGUCAGCCGUUCCUCAGACCUGCAGCCGAUGCCGGUCUGGUGGAUCCAGCCAACAAAAAGCAAGAGUAUGACAACCCGUACUUUGAGCCUCAGUAUGGCUUCCCCUCAGAGGAUGAUCCUGAUGCAGAGGAGCAAGUGGAAUCAUACACCCCUCGAUUCAACCAGAACCUCAAUGGCAACAAGGCUCAGCGACCGUUACGUCCCAGCAGUCUGAGGCUUCCAGGAGAGUCUGACGGAGAAGGAGACUCACGCAACAGCUCGCCAAACUCCACCAUCUCCAACAGCAGCAAUGAUGGAUUCGGAGGGCUCAUGUCUUUUGCCAGCAACCUUUACAAGAACCACGGCACCAGUUUCAGUCUGUCCAAUCUGGCUCUUCCCAACAAGGCGGCGAGAGAGAAAUCAACACCUUUUCCCAGCCUGAAAGUAUUUGGGCUAAAUUCUCUAAUGGAGAUAAUUACUGAGGCCGGCCCGGGGAGCGGAGAAGGAGCUCGUGCACCUCGAGCACUCGUGGACCAGAAGUCUUCGGUGAUCAAACACAGUCCGACGGUGAAGAGGGAGUCUCCGUCUCCUCAGGGUCGAGUCAAUAACACCAGUGAGAACCAGCAGUUCCUGAAGGAGGUUGUCCAGAGCGUUCUGGACGGACAGGGGGUCGGCUGGCUCAACAUGAAGAAAGUCCGCCGCCUGCUGGAGAACGAGCAGCUUCGCGUCUUCGUUCUGAGCAAACUGAACCGAGCCGUGCAGUCGGAGGAAGACGCCAGGCAGGAGAUCAUUCGAGAUGUGGAGGUGAGCAGGAAGGUGUAUAAAGGCAUGUUGGACAUCUUGAAGUGCACAGUUUCCAGUCUGGAGCACUCGUAUACGAACGCCGGGCUCGGAGGGAUGGCCAGCGUCUUCAGCUUACUGGAAAUAGCUCGAACCCAUUACCAAACCAAAGACCCAGAAAAGCGCAAGCGAAGCCCCACAGAUAGUGCUGGCAGCCCGGGGAGUAAAGAGAGUCCUUCUGGUCGCAUGGAGACCUCCAGACCUCAGGGGCUCCUGAAUAUUCCCCACCUGCAGCUGCCGCACCACACAACGGGCAAAGGAGCCCGCCAUUUUGAUACCCGGAGUCUGAACGAGGAGAACUUUAUUGCCUCGAUUGAAUUGUGGAGCAAGCACCAGGAUAAGCAAAAAGCUAUGGAAAAACCACAGAGAUCUGAAGGAGCGAAGCAGCAGCGCCCUCAGGUGACCGACGCUGAGGAGAAGAAAUCUCAGAUCAGUGCCGACAGCGGCCUCAGUGUCGCCUCCGGAUCUCAGAAAAGUGACACGGAGUCAGUGACGAGCUCAGAGCCGCCAAUCCUGACGAGAAGCACCAGCCAGGACUCGGAGGCCAGCACAGUGAUCAGCAACAGCUCCGGAGAGACUCUGGGAGCCGACAGUGACCUGAGCAGCACCGCCGGUGACGGACUGGGAGGAAGAACCGCCCCUCAUCUGGCCCAGUCCAGAGGGACGCUUUCAGACAGCGAGAUCGAAACCAACCCGGCCACCAGCGCCGUGUUUGGGAAGACUCACACUCUGAAACCAGGAGCCAAAGACCAGGUACCUGCCGUGGCCAAGGGUCCACCUGCCCAGCCGAUGGAGGACAUCAGCAUGAGGAUCUACCUGUGUGAAGGCCUGCUGGGCCGCGAUAAGAGCUCCGUUUGGGAUCAACUAGAGGAUGCUGCCAUGGAAACCUUUUCUUUAAGUAAGGAACGCUCCACGCUGUGGGACCAGGUCCAGUUCUGGGAGGACGCCUUCCUGGAUGCUGUGAUGUUGGAGCGAGAGGGGAUGGGCAUGGACCAGGGCCCUCAGGAGAUGAUCGAAAGAUAUCUGUCGCUUGGAGAACACGAUCGCAAACGUCUGGAGGACGACGAAGACCGACUCUUGGCCACUUUGCUGCACAAUAUGAUCGCCUACAUGCUAAUGCUGAAAGUGAACAAAAACGACAUCAGGAAGAAAGUGAGGCGCCUGAUGGGGAAGUCCCACAUCGGUCUCACCUACAGCCAAGAGAUCAACGAGAUUCUGGACAAACUGGCCAACAUGAACGGCCGAGAGCUGUCCAUCAGACCCAGUGGAAGCCGACACAUCAAGAAACAGACGUUUGUUGUUCACGCCGGCACCGAUACCACCGGAGACAUCUUCUUCAUGGAGGUCUGUGACGACUGCAUCGUCCUGCGCAGCAACAUCGGUACCGUCUACGAGCGCUGGUGGUACGAGAAGCUCAUCAACAUGACCUACUGUCCCAAGACCAAGGUGCUCUGUCUGUGGAGACGCAACGGCCAGGAGACUCAGCUCAACAAGUUCUAUACCAAAAAGUGUCGGGAGCUCUACUACUGUGUUAAAGACAGCAUGGAAAGAGCUGCAGCAAGACAGCAAAGCAUUAAACCAGGUCCGGAGCUGGGCGGAGAGUUUCCCGUCCAGGACAUGAAGACGGGCGAAGGCGGCCUGCUGCAGGUCACUCUGGAGGGAAUCAACCUGAAGUUCAUGCACAGCCAGGUUUUCAUAGAGCUGAGUCACAUUAAAAAGUGCAAUACAGUGAAGGGAGUCUUUGUCCUGGAGGAAUUUGUUCCUGAAACUAAAGAAGUGGUGAUCCACAAGUACAAGACCCCCAUGGCUCAUCAGAUCUGUUACUCGGUCCUCUGUCUGUUCUCGUACGUGGCGGCGGUGAAGGGGAAGGAGGCGGAAGGAGGCAAACCCAAGAUGCUGUCGCCGAGACCCGUCCCCAGCUAGCUGCUUCCCCUCCUCCGUCCACCGACAGACUCUAGACAAUCCCCACUACUGUAAGCACACUGCUCUGCUCCCGCUGUACAAACCCUUCCUCGGUGUCGUGAUGUCGUGUAAAUACUCGGUCCUGACGUUCCGCCUCAACGUUCCGCCUCUUGUCGUCCCGGUCUUCGUCCCGACGGUUCUGCCGAGGCGCUGAGUGCAUGCAGGUCCCGUGCACAGCCUCCGACCGGCCCCGCCGUCGCUUCCUCCUCGUCUCUCUCCGUCCCGGUUUCUUCUGGUGGUCGGUCUCGUGGUUCCUGUAAAUUCGUGUCCGGUUCUACGCUCCAAGCUGCACCAGAGCGCCGCAUGUCAAGACGCUUCUCCGUGGUGUUUGAAACCCUGUGAGUGUUCUUCUCUAGAGCGUGCCGUGAAACUUCCUCGUCCGUGGUCCGCCGUUCUAUCGGUUUGCAUGUUGCUAUGACGACUAUGAGAAAUAAAUAUUAUAUAUAUAUUUCUAUAUAUAGUAUUUAUUUAAUAUAUACAUACAUAUAUUAUUGACUGUACAUUUCUCUGGAGAAAAAGAAAAACAAAAAAAAAAAAACCCAAACAUGUUACAAAAGUUGUCGAUUUGCUAGAUGUGCAAUACUUAGUACCGAGUAGUUAGCCAUUAGCCAGAGCCACGUUUCCCUCCAGUUAACUGGCUUCAACAGGGUGAAGAAUGUAAGAAAGACGUGUUUUUUUUGUUUGUUUGUUUUCUAUAGUAAAUAUCGAUUGAAGUGACUAUUCAGCGUGACAUGAACAUUUAAAGUUUGUCCACAGGUCAGUGGGAUGAGGCAGUUUUUAAAGGUGAAAAGUUCAGAAUAAUCAGAAUUUUAGUCACAUUUCUGGUCAAAGCAGGUGUUUUAUAGUCUGUAGCAGACGUGUAGGAGUUGUUCAUGUCCUCUUGGAAUACUCUGGUUGAACACUUUAAGCUGCAUGUAGACUCAGAUAAAGGAGGAAAUUUACAAAAUCCGCCUUCUUCCAUGUGUUGGUAGAACUUUGUCCAGGUAAAAUCAGCAACUGAAGGGCGUAAAAGGCGUUUUUGAUGGUCUAAAUCUGUGCGGACAUUUGGUGUUUUACAAAUGCUAGAAUACUUCCUAAGUUUAUCUUCGAUUAGAAAUUAGUUUAAAAAUCAGUGCAUCUGAAUAUUUCAUGGACAUUUGCUGAGGUUCCUCAGACUUUAUAGGAGCUGACGAAUGUUUUCUGGACAACACUGGAAAUAUUUUCACCCACCUGGCCUUUUAUAACUCGAUUUAAAAACGGAAUACCAACUUCCUGUUGCUUGUUUCGUCCCAGAUGUUUAACAAAGAGUCAGAAAACUUGUACAAUUCCACAUUUUAGAAGCUAAAACUAGCAGAAAAACACCUGCUUUGACAGAAACCGAUGAAACGUCGGCGGUGAAAACCCUCCCGGCGGCCGUUUCCCGUCCUCAGAUGGAAGCCUGCAGCCGUAGGACCACAGAGUCUUAAUGUCGUGUUCGUUCCAUGAUGGUGAAGCUUCCUUCGCUGCCCGCUGCACUGUUUGUUCUUUUUCUCCUCGGCGGGUUCCUGUGUGUGUUUGGUGAACAGUUUCUCCAGAUCAGCAAUAUAUCGAUGGAUCGGCGCCAAGAGCUUUUAUUUUCACCCCGAUGAUGUAUUUUUAGUAACUGUGCAGAGAGAAAAGAAUCAGUAGGAAGUCGAGGAGAUGCUGUAACAUAAAAAUAAUGAGAAUAAAAAACACGGAAGCAUCUUUCAAAACCUGAUCUGGGAAUUUUCUGCUUGAGUUUGAAAGAUUUCUUUUGUCUGUUUCUUUUUUUAAACACUGGAUUAUUACAGCUCAUCUCUGUCGCUGUGUUCGCUGACGGCUGUAAAGAGAAGGAAUGGAAAACAAAAAACAAGAAAUGAAAUGAAAGGUAUUCCAGUAUGUGAAAAAGUAUUUAUAGGAAAAUAUGUACAGCUUUGGCAAUAUAAUAAAGUUGUCCCAAAUGAG